UCUAUAUAACCACAAUCCCGAUAAUCCUGCACGAUUAACUUCCUCCAAUAGUGCCACAGUACCACCAGUGUGACGUCAUGCGAGGUGCUAUCAUCCUCCUGAUUCUUGCUAUUGCCGUCCUUAAAAUCAAUGCUUAUGCUCUCGGGUACUCGGAUCUCAUAAGUUCGGAAACUUCCUCCUCUUAUGGGUCAUACAGUCAAGGGUACACUGCCGGGUAUUCAUCCCUUUAUCCCGGGUAUUCCGGGGGAUAUGGCUACUACCGUCCAAUGGGCAAUUUCGGGUACAACGGGUUUGGAUAUGGCAGCUCUUACUGGCCAUACUAUGGCUACUCGGGGAGCAUGUACAGGCCAUAUUACAGCAGUUAUAUGAGCUACAGGCCAUAUGGGUACUACGGGGGACUUUAUGGAAGUGGACUUUCCGGCUAUGGGAACUACUAUGGCGGCUAUGGCUCCAACUGUAUGGGCAUGUACAGACCCGGCUGUUACAGCUACUAUAGCUACUACAAGAAAUAAUUUAAUAAAAGGGUGUUAAAUUCAA